ACAGGUUCCAUGGAUCUUUGCACAAUCAUUAAAGGAGUCUCGUUCCUUCUGCAGACGGGACUGGGAGUUCUGGGUAACACAGCUGUGCUGAUGGCAUAUGUUCAUGUUGCUUUUGUAGAGGCAUGCAUGCAGCCUGUGGACAGAAUCCUGGCUCACCUGGCUUUCAGUAACCUGCUGCAACUGCUGACUCGUGGCGUGCCACAGACGAUGUUCAUCUUCGGGCUGCACAAACUACUGGAUGAUUGGGGCUGCAAAGUGGUGAUCUACGCCUACCGUCUCAGCCGCGGCCUUUCUGUCUGCAUCACAGGGAUGCUGAGUUUCUUCCAAGCACUCACCAUCGCGCCGUCAGCUGGCCCGCACAUUACCAAACUGAAAUCUCAUCUUUCACAGCUGGUCGUGCCCAUCUUUGUAGGUCUGUGGGUUCUUAACCUUAUGACCUCCGUCACCUCUCUGAUGUUCGCAACGGCACCUCAGAAUAGCUCUGUGGCUGCUUUUACCCUCAACCUUGGCUUCUGUCACGUCAACUUCGGUGACAACCUGUCAUAUGUGUCGAAUGGCACAAUCCAAACAACACGAGACUUUGCUUUCGUGGCCAUCAUGCUGUUGUCCAGCGGCUACAUCCUCAUCCUGCUGCAGAAACACCAUAAGCAGGUCAGGUCCAUCCGACGCGCUCAGCAAGGAACCCCUAUGGAAAUACGGGCAGCUAAGAGCGUCGUCAUGCUGGUGGUGCUCUACACCAUGUUCUUCGGUAUUGACAACGCAAUCUGGCUCUACAUGCUGACUGUUGCCCAGGUCCCAGGUAUGGUAGCAGACCUGAGAGUGUUUUUCACAUCAUGCUAUGCCAUGCUCAGUCCUUUCCUCAUGAUAAGCACCAAUAAGAAGAUAAAGGAGAGGAUGGUGUGUGCGGCUAGAGAACAGUCAAGUGAGGAGUCCACAGAGAAACCAAACACUAAAUGA